AUGGGCUCCGGCUGCUUAAGUCACCCAGUGGUGACGGAGGCCGCCCAGCAGAGCUGCCAGGGCGAAGUGCGAGACCAGGACAUCGUGGCCUUCUGCAAGGGCUGCUUCCAGAAGCUGUCCUCGCUCGACUUCUCCAAACACGUGGACGUCUUCGAGGCAGUUGGCGGCGGUGGGGCCAUCACCUUGGUCUACGUGCACGGGGGCGGUGGAAGCCGCGAGAUGUUCAAACCCCACGCCCGCGCCAUGGCAGCGAAGAACUUCAGGUGUGUGCUCAUGGAUCUGCCGGGCCACGGCGCGCGCAUGGACGAAGAGCUGACCAUGAACUCGGCCCUCCAGGCCAUCGUCCAGGUCAUCCGCGAAUAUGCGCCACCCUCUGCAUCUGGCACGAAGCCGAUCUACAUCGGCGGGUCCCUGGGUGGCUACGUCGGAAUGGAGCUGCUUGGGAAGUUUCCGGAUCUGGUGUCCAUGGCCAUCAUCACCAUGUGCGGGCAGAACGUGGGCGUUGGCCGCGGCGCUGCUGCUUCCAUGGGGCUGUGGGCCUUUGAGACGAUCCUGCCACGGCUGGGCAGCAGGAAAAUCAUGAGUGCCCUCAUCGGAGAGAUCCGGAAGAACGGGCACUUGCCUGAAGAAGCCAUGAUGGAAUGCUCAUUUCGGCCUGGCAUGUUCUUCGGCCAAGCAAUGGCGCAGGUGCAGAUCUUGAAGGCAUCCGACCCGUCAGCGGCGCUGGGCAAGUUCCCUGGGCCCAUCCUCUUUGUCAACGGCAGCAAGGAUCACCGAGAUUCCGAGCACCUGUGGGUGGAAAAGUCUCAGAAGGGGCAGCUGAUCGUCUACGAGGGAGCAGACCACUUCUUCUCCCAUGACGAUCGGCAUAGCAAGCGCUUCGAAGAGGACUGCUACAACUUCAUCAAGCAGCAUGCAGCGAUCAGCUAG